UGACCUUCACUUUACCUUUGGCAGAUCUAGAAAUUUUGCAGAGAUCAGAUCUGAAAGAAGAAGCUAUGGCAUACUCGAGAGGCGGCGACGAUGUGGACGACUUCGACGAGUACGAUCCCACCCCCUACGGUGGAGGUUACGACCUUGCUCUUACCUUCGGCCGCCCCCUUCCACCUUCCGAGGAGACCUGCUACCCGAUCUCCUCCUCUUCCUCCGAAUUCGAUUACGACAGGCCCCAAUACACCUCCCACGCUGAACCCUCCGCUUACUCUGAGGAGGCUCAGCAGGCCGAGUACAGUCGCUACUCUCGCCCCAAGCCCAGGCCUCAGCCCGGGUUUCAGCCUCAGGUCGGCGGUGACGAGUACGGGGGAAGGCCGAAGCCACAGCCAAACUACGGGUUCCAGCCCGGAUAUGGCGGUGAGAGCGAGGUCGGGUAUGGUCGAAGGCCUGAACCGGAGGAGCCUGUGUCAGAGUACGGGUCUGGAUAUGGUGGCCGGCCGGCCAGGCCUGGCUAUGGUGGGGAGCAGGAAGGUGGGGAUUACCCUCCGCCGAGGCGAUCGGAAGAUGAAGAAGGAAGUGGGGGGUAUGGUUAUGGCAGCGGGAGGAAGAAAACUGAGGAGUAUGGUUACGGUGGGAGGACUGAAUAUGAGAAACCGGAAUAUGAGAGGCCUAGUUACGAGGAGGAGCCACCUCGGAGGCCUUCUUAUGGGAAACCCAGCUAUGAGCAGCAGGAGGAAGAGUCGUAUCCCAAACCCUCUUAUGGGAGGCCCAGCUAUGGGCAGGAGGAAGAAGAGUCGUUCCCCAAGCCCUCUUAUGGUAGGCCUAGCUAUGGGCAGCCGGAGGAGGAGUACCCGAAGCCGGCUUACGGAAGGACCAGCUUUGGGCAGUCGGAGGAAGAGGAGUACCCGAAGCCCUCUUAUGGAAGGCCCAGCUAUGGGCAGCCAGAGGAGGAGUAUCCGAAGCCAGCUUAUGGGAGGUCCAGCUACAACGAGGAAGACGAGCCUCGGAGGAACCAGGAAAGCAGUUAUGGAGAAGACAGCUAUGGUCGCAAGAAAUAUGGAGAUGAUGACUCUGACGAUGAUGAGAAAAAGAAGCAACGCCAUCACAAGCACCAUCACCGCAAGGACUAUGAUGAUGAAUGAAUGAAUGAAUUGAGCACCCAAGUAUCUCGAUAGGUCCCCAUUCAAAGUAGGGUUUCUGCCUACUCCGAAUCAGUUUACUAAAUAAAGAGAUGGGGUUGUGUGUGUGUCUGAGUUCUCUUGAGACUUCAUUUUACUUGUUUGCUUGACUGGUAAUUGUGUCAUUUUAAUAAAAUCCCAAACUUUGUGGCUUGUUUUACUUAUAAAAGUUUCUUCUUGUCUGGCA